GCCGCCGACGCCGACGCGAGGGCUGCGAACGUCUGCCAUGACUACGUCUCGCCGCUCGCCACCGGUAGCUGCGGGCCAGGGCCGGCUGUACGUCUGAGGAAUCCAACCAGUACUGGCAGUCAUGCGAGGAAACGUUGCCGUCUACGCUCUGCAAGUCCUAGCGACGCUGUUUGCCUUACAAGGGGGCGGUCGGUGCCUGCGGCUGCUGGAGGUGCGGGUCCCGCCCCACGUGCUGCUGCACGGGGACGCCGGCCUCGAGUGCGAGUUCGACCUGCAGGGCGAGGCGCUCUACUCCGUCAAGUGGUACAAGGACGGCCACGAGUUCUACCGCUUCGUGCCCAGGGACUCGCCGCCCAGGUACCUCUUCCAGCUCGCCGGCGUCACCGUCGACGAGGGCAACUCUUCCGAGAGCGUGGUGAUGCUGAGGGACGCGCAGCUGGAGACGACAGGCCGCUACCGCUGCGAGGUCUCCGCUGAGGCGCCCUCCUUCCAGACCGUGUCCGACCACGGCGACAUGCUCGUCGUCGUUCUGCCCGAGGAGGGCCCCCGCAUCGCCGGCGGCCGGCCGCGCUACCACGUGGGCGAGACGGUGUCGCUCAACUGCAGCUCGGCGCGCUCCUUCCCCGCCGCACACCUCGCCUGGUACAUCAAUGGCCACCAGGCGAACGAGUCGCUGCUGCGCGGGCCUGAGACGACGACGGACGACGAGGGCCUGGCGACGUCAGUGCUGGGCCUGGAGUUCGUGGCGACGGCGCAGCACUUCCAGGGCGGCGACCUCAAGCUGAAGUGCCUGGCCAGCGUGUCGACGGUGUACUGGCGCAGCAACGAGGAGAGCGCGCAGCCGCACGCCGGCGCCGGCCUGCCGCCGGGCCAGGGGCAGCGCGCGCGCGCCAUGCAGAGCCGCGCCACGCCGCCCCCGCUGCCGCCCCCGCAGCCACCUCCACAGCCCACGGCAGGCAGCGACCAAGGAGUUGAUGGCAGCUCUUCCCCCACACACGGUGGUCAUGAAAUGCUGCUGUCUUUGCUCACCAUGGUGGCAACAGUGGCCGCUCUCAGCUAGUAUAAUGUGAGCUGCACUGGGGGAAAAAUGCAAAGUGAAUCGACGAUAGCUCAGCGUGCUAGAUAUCCUAGUCAAAGAAAAGCAAAAUUCGCGCGGCGCUAGCUUUCAUUUUGAACUGCAAAUUUUUCAUCUGCGUCACGAAACCGUCGGAAUGGUUGUAGUCAGUGAGCGCACUGUGGUAAUACGAAUACUGAAAUACGUGAGAUGGUGUUGCUGACAGACAUAAAAAUUUCCGUUCCUCUCUAUAGGUUUUAUUCAAACUUCAGAGAUAAUUUUUUAAGUCUAUGUUGAGGCAGUCUGUCUCGCUGCAUCACUGGAUUCUGUGACUACACGUGCUCCGAAAAUGACGAUUUCGCUUACGAGAUCGUAUCGCUCAUCGCCACAUGUUCUCUAUCGCUUCAGCAGCUAUUUAUUAAAAUCUUGUUUAAACAUGAAUUAUUCCAGACAAAUAUACGAUGGAAACGUUGGAAUCUUUUGUAAUUUCCUUUCAUUUCGCCUAUAAAAUUUGGCCACGUUACUUUCAGCCAAGGAUGUUGUCUGUUUUAAAUGUACAAAACUCUUUAUUACGACGUAUUUAAAGAUAAAACAAUGCAACUUAUAGUUUUAUAUUGUGAUGAAAGAUAUUUGUUGACCAGAAACUCACCAAUAAAUGCAACAAAAACUU